AUGCCCAUCCCGCCGAACGCUACAGCCAUGGAACCGCCCCUCGUGACCAACAACAUCAGAGCCCAGAUACUCACAGAAAUUCAGGCUGUUGGCACCAGAGGCGGACCCAUGCCCAACCCCAGUACCUCACUAUUCAGAGUUAAUAUUCCCUUAAACCAUCCAUUGAAACCACUUCUAGAUACCUCUCUUAACUCCAUUCUGCAAGCCGUUUCACCCAGCACACUCCAAUCCUACCUAACCGCAUGGAAGUGUUUUAAGUCUUUCCACUUCACAUUCAACCAGCCUUUUCCCAGUUUUUCUCUGCUCAACAUCACUUCAUUUAUAUCCUAUCUGGACAGCACCAAGAACCUCAAAGCCCGCUCCAUCAAGGGCUAUCUAAGUGGAAUCCAAUUCUUCCACAAACUCCUUUUUGGUUCACCCUCCGCAGACAUAGCAAAUUCCCAGACAUCAAUGCUUAUCAAAGGCAUCCAAAAAACCCAACCAACCCGUCCAGAUGCCAGACAACCAAUAACCUUGGACAUACUCACCAAAUGUAUCUCUACCCUCCGCCGAGGCUACCACUCCACCAACACCGCCCGCACACUGGAUGCCAUGUUCAUAUUGGCUUUCUUCGGUUUCCUCAGAUGCUCAGAACUCACCAUCACUUCCAACUUCAACCCUAAAGUCCAUCCCACAAUCUCAGAUCUUUCAGUAUUAGACAACGAAACCAUCUCUUACUUCAUCAAACAAAGCAAGACAGACCAAAUGAAAAAAGGCCACUUCAUAUACAUCUUCAAUCUCCAAUCACCAAUCCAACCAUACCAAACUCUCUUCGCGUACUCACAAUUCAGAAACUCUCAGACCAAGUCCCCUUCCGACCCACUCUUCACCGACGAUUUCAAUCGCCCCGUUACACGUUUCUGGUUCCAAAAACAUCUCAAAUCCAUCUUACUCCAAGCAAACAUCCCAGCAAAUAAUUUUUCCAGCCAUUCAUUCCGCAUAGGUGCAGCAACCACAGCUGCCCAAAAAGGCCUUUCCCAGCAGCAAAUCCAAGAGCUCGGCCGCUGGUCGUCGGAGGCCUUUAAGAGUUACAUCCGUUCUAACCACCUCCAUACCAAAGAAGCCCAACGAUCCCUACUCAGCUAA